CAAUUUUUGUGUCAGUUUUCUGUGAAAUGUUGCGCAAAGCAGAUAAAUGCGUAGCGAAUCUUUGAAUAAAUUUAAAUUAAAGCAAAGCAAAAAAAAAAAAAAAUACAAACAACAAAAACAAAUAUCAGUUUAAGCAACAGCAACAGCAGCAUCAGCAUUACAAUAACAACAAAAACAAUAAAAAUUUAAAAAAAAAUCUGAAAAUUCUGGAAGAAAAAUUUUUGCUCAAUUUAAAAAUGUGAAAAAAUCGAAAUUUUCAUUCAAAAUUUAUUUUCAAAUGCUCAACGCCUCUGCUUUGAACCAAAUUGGAAACGGAAGUGAAAAAAUUACUAAUUGAAAUCGAAAUGAAACUAAUUACAAAACUAAGUACCUGUGGAUAAUACAAAACCCCAAAAAACAAUUCUGCAAACAUUGUUUUAAAACAAUUCACUAAAUGAAACUCAGCCAAGCGAAUUCUUCAAUUGCAUAAGUGUUAAAAAAAAGGAUAUGAAAACAUUUUCCAAAAAAAUAUAAUUUAAUUUAACCUCCACACAAAUAAACCACCACCAGCAAUUAAGAGCAGUGUUGGUAACUUAUUAAUUAAGCCAAACAAAAAAAGUAUAACUAUCUUCAUACUCACACAAACAAAAAAGAAAUAUUUAAUCAAAAUCAACAAGUUCCAUAAAAGACAAAGACAAUAAACAACAAGUUCAACAAAAACAACAAUAAAUAAAUUAAACUCUUAACCAGGCGACAAAGCAGCACUUUUAUUGUCCCUUCGGGAAGUGACAAUUUUCAUUCAGCUAUUUAAAAUUUUUAAUGAAAUUAUUUUGAAAAGGCGACGAAAAAAAACUAAAAAUUUCAUAUUUAAUUUUCAUGCAAUUCAAAGCACGAGUCCUUCAACUUAAACUACGUUGUUGACUAUUGAUGCCACACAUACGAGAGUACAUACAACACAAUACCCAACUGUGCGAGUGUGUGUGAAUGUACACAUGAGGACAAUCUCUUAGAAUUGUAUUUACUGGACAAUAAGCAUAGGAACAACAGCAACAACUACUACAACAUGAAAUAAAUGCGACAUCGUCGACGACGACAACAAUGACGAUGACAACAAAAGCCACAAUAGUAUGCAUAUGAUUAAAUGCCGAACAAGGGGCUUGAUAUUGCAACAACAUCGAGAACAACAACAACCAUAAAACAGAAGCUUUCUUUCUUUUCACUCCCGCUUUCUCUCCCUCUCUCGAUUGGGAAUAUUCCGUUGUCAUUGUUGUAGCAUUGACAUUUCAAUGGAUUCAUUUGUGUGAGUGCAGUUCACAAGCCUUCAAUACCUGACAAUGUCAAUGAUCAAACAAAGUCGAACGAUGACAACGCUGUCAUUUAUGCCAACAACAAUGCUGGAUGAUGUGUCGAUGCAAACGAUGUCUAUUACCUCAAUGAAGAUGACGAUGAUGAUGAUGGCAAAGACUACGACUUCCAUGAUGAUGAUGAUGACAAACGCCGUUUCAGUUCGAUGCUGCAGUCAACACGAAUAAUUUCUCUGUGACACAAAGACAAUUUCAAUUCUACACAAAAAAAAAAAAAAAAAAAAACUUAAAACAAUUAAAAAAACUAAAGGACUCUAGAAAUUGUGCCAAUGUGAAAUUUAAAAAAAUCUAAAAAAAAAUACUUUAUGCAUCCUGAAAUCUAACUUUAAUAACAUUUCAAAAUAAGUCCUCCAACAAGCCAAUAUUUAUAUUCAAUCUACAACCAUAACAACAACAACAAAAGUGCAAAAAAUAAAUUCAACUUACAAUCCAUUGCCAUCAUCUUCAACACCAUAACCAUGGACAAGAAAGGUUCCUCGGGUUCAUCCAAAUCCAAAUCAAAAACGAAACAGAAAAAACUCAAACCUAACAAGGAGUCCAGCACCUGUCUGGAUGUCGAUUUGUGGGAGGAAAAUGAAGAUCGUUUCACUUCCAUUGAAUUGCCUCCGGGCCAAAAAAUGCCAUACAACAAUGCACCUGCCCCCAUUCCGGCACCACCAACACCCAAACCUGCCAAAGUGGAUAAAUCAUCGGCGGCCAAGGGACAGCAGCCGCCAGCAGCGACCAUAACCUCGGUGCCGACAGUGGCUACGUUGCGUGACGUCGACUCACAUGCGGCCCUGCUCACGUUGGACGUGACGGCCCAGAGUGAGACCAAUGAACCGGAACGAGGCAAUUGGACGGGUCGAUUUGAUUUUCUACUCUCGUUGUUGGGUUACUCAGUCGGUUUGGGUAAUGUUUGGCGUUUUCCGUAUUUGUGUUAUAAUAAUGGUGGAGGCGCUUUCCUUAUACCCUUCACCAUUAUGUUAAUUAUUGCCGGCCUUCCCCUGAUGUUCAUGGAGCUGUCAUUCGGUCAGUAUGCCGCCCUGGGACCGGUGGCCAUCUAUCAGCGUUUUUGCCCAUUGCUUUGCGGUUUGGGUACGGGCAUGAUUAUUGUCUCGGCCAUUGUUAUGUUGUACUAUAAUCUCAUUAUUGCCUGGACUAUAUUCUAUAUGUUUGCAUCGUUUCGCACCAAGCUGCCGUGGCAGAACUGUGAGCCCGAAUGGAGUACAGAAAAUUGCUUUUCCUACGAAGCUGCUGACAAAUGCGAUUCUAUAAAUGGAACUUUUUAUCUGAGGGAGUGUUACAAUGCCACCUAUGCUGAGGAGCAUAAUAUUACCGAAUUGGCAUUGCAUGCUUUGAAAAAGCCACCAGCGGAGGAGUAUUUUACGAACUAUGUUCUCGGCUUGUCAUCGGGCAUCGAAGAAACGGGAGCCAUCAAAAUUUCACUGGCCGCUUGUUUAUUUUGUGCCUGGACCAUUGUGUUCCUGUGCCUCUGCAAAGGUGUACAAUCAUCGGGUAAGGUGGUUUAUUUUACCGCCCUCUUCCCGUAUGUGGUCUUGGUUAUAUUGUUUUUCCGUGGUGUCACAUUGCCGGGUGCCGGAACGGGUAUAUUAUUUUAUCUAACACCGGAUUUCAAUCAGUUGGCUAAUGCUCAGGUUUGGGGCGAUGCUGCAGUACAAAUCUUCUUUGCCUUAAGUCCAGCUUGGGGUGGCCUAAUUACAUUGUCGUCGUAUAAUAAAUUUUCAAAUAAUUGUUACAAGGAUUCCCUAAUUGUGGCCUUUUGUAAUAUAGCCACCUCGUUCUUUGCUGGCUUAGUUAUAUUUUCAAUUAUUGGAUUUUUGGCCCACGAAUUAGAUGUGGAAGUGGAGAAAGUUGUGGAUCAAGGUGCCGGCUUGGCCUUCAUAGUCUAUCCGGAGGUGGUUACACGUCUACCCAUUUCGCCCGUGUGGUCUGUGCUAUUUUUUGUCAUGCUAUUAACCCUGGGCUUGGACUCACAGUUCGCUCUGAUGGAAACUGUUACAACUGCCAUUUUGGAUAAAUUUCCAAAUUUAAGACAAUACAAAACAUGGGUUGUACUAUUUGUUGGGAUAUUCGGUUAUGUUGGCGGUCUCGGCUUUACCACAAAUAGCGGUAUGUAUUGGCUGCAGCUGAUGGACAAAUAUGCCGCCAAUUGGUCUGUCCUAUUGAUAGCCAUCUCAGAAUGUGUUCUCAUUGCCUGGAUUUAUGGUUCACAGAAUUUCUUAAAUGAUAUCCAGGGUAUGAUUGGUAAACGCUCGAAAAUGUGGAACUACUUUUGGUCGGGUAUGUGGCGUUUUAUAACACCGGCAACAUUAUUGUUCAUUUUAUUCUUCAAUUGGGUUGAAUACAAACCAGCCUCCUAUGGCCAGUAUGUCUAUCCGCUGUGGGCCGAUGCAGUUGGUUGGGUAAUUGGUUUGCUGCCAGUAUUGGUUAUCUUUUUGGUGGCCUUUAAACAAAUCUACAAUGGUCCCGAACAUUUGGGUGUCAAAGAUCGCAUUGCGUUUUUGUUGAAACCCACAGAAGAAUGGGGUCCGGCGGGAAGACCCUGUCUCUAUCCAGAUCGUUAUCAAAAUGAAAAUACGGCCAGUCUAAUGGAGGGAGCUAUAGCGGAGGUGUUGCCCUUCGAAGAUAAUGGCACCACUUUUGGGGCUGGCAGUAAUCGAGGAGCUGGCGGUGAUGGUGGUAGCAUUGGUAUUGGCAGUCAAAAGGAAGCAAUGCAGCUCUGAGAGCGAGCUAUGGCAUCGACUUCGACAUUUGCCCCCAAGCAAAUGACUGAUGAUACCGGUGCUAUUACCAUGACCACAGCAACUUCGAAUGUCAAUGGCAGAAAUGAGCGCAAGGAGGCAAAUGGAAAUAAAAUGGAUCCCGGUCCCAUGGUGGCCAUAAAAACGGCCCCGGCCAACACAUGUCAACCGGGACCCAGCAUAUUGAAAUCAAAAGGGGGCAAACCCUCAGAUAGUGUAGGCAGUGUGGGUGGAAAACCUCCACCUGAAAUAAGUCCCAGUAAACAGCCUUUGAUCCAGGCCGAACUGCGGGCCAACGAUAGUGUGGUGUCUUUCCUCAACGAAAAGACCACUCCACUGGCCACCGAAACCAUUAGCGAUAAAAUAACCAAAGUAACUGCCACAAUAGUAUUGCCCACAACGGCGGCAACAUCGAUAACAACACAAUCGAAAAUCUUAAUACCAACAACAACAACGAGCACUGCAGCCAAACUGGUGGUGGCCGGUACAGCUGACAGUGGUCGCGAGCUUAAGACCUUAACCACUUUUGCCACAACAACUGCCAAGCCAACGAUCAGCGAUAUCGUGAAUACCAAGGCAUCCACUGGAGGUGGUGUUGGUGGCAGUGGUACAACAACAACGAUGGUCACCCAGGUGAUCAAUGGUGGUGUGGUGGCAACCCCGACCACCUCCUUUGCUGUGACCAUGGUGCCAAUGGUAACAACUACAACCACAAAGCCGGUGGCCAGCGCAGGCAUUGCCACAACCAGCGUUACUGCAAGCGCAGCAAAACCAAUAACUGCCACCGCUUCGACGAUAACAAAACCGACGGUGGUAAAAACUGACCCCGGUGGCGGCAGUAAAAUUCAAACGCAGGUUGUAUCUACAACCGAUUUAAGCCUUACAACGACAACCAAAUCAGCGGCUGUGGCUAAUUGUGUAACCAAACCUCUGCAGGCGACCGCUGUCGGAGGCAAAACCAGUGAUUCAACCAACAAAAGUGCUGCCAUUAAAACUACGAAAACUUCCACCACCAGCGUUGUCACUACGCCAACUACAAUACCAGCUACAUUAGCUACAACCCCGAUGGCGGUGAGUAAUAAUAAAUUACCGUUAAGUGCUACAACGCCACCAAAAGGCCAGGAUGCCCCAUCAACGGCGGCGGCCACAUCUUUAAAAUCAACAAUGGUGGUGUCCAGUAGUUCAGGUCGGCCCACAACUUUGGUUGACUCUACGAAAACACAGGUUCCCCUGACAUCUUCACCUGCUGGAAAAAGCAUGACUCCCACAUCUUUGGGUAAGACGCCAACUGGAAAAGCUUCCUCAACAAAUGUGGAGAGUGGCAAAUCUUCAACACCGGCAGCUGCAGCAACGCCAUCUACAAAAGUGACUUCCACAUUAGCAAGUACAACAACCUCUGCAUCAAUCACUAGCCAAGCUAAGACAUCGGCUGCCCCCACAACAGUGGCACCUACAAAGCCAACUUCAUCAGUAGCUACAACUACCACAAAACCCCAAUCCACAGGUAAGUCGACAACAGCGCCAUCUUCCGCCAAACCACAAACAACAGCCACAGCAUCUUCCACAACCGCCGCUGCAACACCUGCCACAUCCAGUAGCAAGGCCAGCUCAUCGGUUACCGUAUCUCAGACACAACCAGCAACGCAAAAAUCCGCUACCACAGUUUCUGAAAAAAUAUCAGCCACCAAACCCAUAGCCACCACAACUACAACUCCACCACAGAGUUCGGCAAAAGCAACGACUUCUCAAUCUACCACAGCCAGCAUCACAGCUCCAGCCGGAGCAGCAGCGCCAGCUGUUGUCAAACCAGCACCCACAAAAAUUGCCAAAACUUCGGUGGUAACAUCCAAUGACAAACCCAUUUCAACAACAACAAUACAGAAACCAACAACAUUUUCUACAACCCUAACCAAAGCUACAACCACAAAUGUCACCACCAGCCCGGCUACAAGUGGUGGUACAUCUACGACACCUGCCACAACUGCAAUCACAAAGACCACUACUUCCACAACAUCUGCUCCCAAGACAACAGCAACGACAUCUGCAGCAGCAACCACAAAAUCUCAAACCACAGCCAAAACGCCAACAACCACAAACAGUGCUGCAACAGCUAAGACAACAACAACAGCAACCACAAGCUCUACUACAACAGCGCCAAAACUAUCCAGCAACAGCACAGGAUCCACAACAUCAGCAAAAACUUCAACAUCAACCACCAGCAGCAGUGCAGCAGCGGCCACAAGCAAAUCGUCAACUACAAAAAGCGCCACAACCCCCAGUGUUGCCACCUCUGUGGCAAAAUCAAGCAAGUAGUUUUAAGUAUAAAGUUUUCCGUAUAUCUACAACCCAAAAAACACCCCCCAUAAAAAUAGUGUUCUGUAAAAAUUAUUUAAUUCGAAUUGAAUGGUGUCUACUGCAGUUAUCAAAAAAUAAGCCAUUGUGGAUCAGGAGGGUUUCACAGGGGGUUGAUGUUAUGAGGUUUGCACAAAAUUUCUUGACCAUUUUUCAAAAAGUUAGAGUUAGAGAUGUUUCUAUAAAGAUCGAUUAUGACAACACUUUUCUGAAGUACUCGACCGUGUCAUAUUUCAAAUAAUAUGACAUAUGCCACAUAUUCUACAAAAAAUGAUGAAUAAAUAUUAUUUUCGGCGCUCCUAGGCGAAUAAAAACAGUUAAAUGUUCCAUAUUUUAGGAAGACCAAUUGUAUUUAUCUGGACUUAAGUUUAAAGUUAUACAAAUAGAGAAAUGUCCAAAGUCCAGCCGAGUUUCACAAAAUGGAAACAUACGUCCCGAAAUUCACUCCAUUUAGGCUGAUAUUAGCCAUUAUUUACACAAUAAACCCGAAAUCGGAUUAAGGAUAUAUAUCGGUGCUAUAUCCAAAUCUUCGUCAAUCUCCAUAAAAUUUGGCAAAGGUAUUUCCGAGCUCUAUAAGAUGUCUGGUACCAAAUAUCAUUAUUGUCGAAUGCAUAUUACGAAUUUGAGAGGUUUGAAUACCAAAUCGGAUGAAACAUACAUAUGGGAGCUAUAGCUAUAUCUGAAAUUUUCACCAAAUUUGAUGUACUUGCUUCUAGACUGAAUUUCGUUGGAUGUGCCAAAAUCCAGGUCAUUUGGACUGAUAUUGGUAAUUUGGUGCACCAUUUGACCUGAAAUCGGUUGAAGAUAUAUUAGGGAACAAUAUCGGAAUCUGAACCGAUCCUGACGAAAUUUGGGAAAGGUAUUUCUGGGCUACAUCUAAUACCAAACAUCAUUGUUGUGGUGUACAUAUUACGAAUGUGGGACUUAAAACCCUAAUCGGAUGAAUCAUAUUUAUGGGAGCUGAAGCUAUAUCUGAACCGAUUUUCACCAAAUUUAAUGUACUUACUUCUAGACUAAAUUUGGUCAGAUGUGUCGAAAUUCACAUCAUUUGGGCUGAUAUUAGAUAAAGAUAUAUUCUAAUCUGAUCUAAUCUGGGAGCUUUAUUCUAAUCUGAUCCUAUUUCGAUUAAAUUUGACGGAGUUAUUUUUGAGCUUCAUAAGUUAUCUGUUACCAAUUAUCAUUCUUGAGGACUGUAUAUUACGCGUAAACAUAUAUAUGGGAACUAUAAAUUUGAUGUACAUAUUUCUAGGCUGAAUUCGGUCGGGUGUGCCAAAACCAGGUCAUUUAGUCUGAUAUUGGCCAUUUGGUGCACAAUUAACCCGAAACCGGUUGAAGAUAUAUGUGGGAGCUAUAUCUAAAUUUGAACCAAUUCACACCAGUUGCAAUUGGGUUUGUCUUUGGGCCAAACAAAUAUUGUUUGAAAAUUUUCAUGUCAAUCGGACAAUAAAUGCCAUCUGCAUUUUUUCAGAAAAAUACAUAGACAGACAGACUGACAUGCAUAAGCCGAGAAGACUCAGAAAGUGAUUCCAUGGAGAUCCUCAAAAGUAACUAUGGGUCUAUAUCGCUUCCUAUUCCAUCUUACAAACAAAUGAACAGAGACAUAAUACCCUUACCACUAUGUGGUAUAGAGUAUUAAAAAUAAUGUUGUCGCACAGUGUAACUAAAAUAUUCAAUUCAAUGUUUUUAUAACCUCCAACAUAGUACGUUUGUCAUUCCGUUUGUAACAACUCGAAAUAUACAUUUUAGACCUCAUAAAGUAUAUAUAUAUUCUUGAUCAUCAUAAAAUUCUAUGUCGAUUUAGCGAUGUCCGUCCGUCUGUGGAAAUCACCCUAUCUUCCGAACGAAAUGAAGUAGGUUAAAAAAAAUUUUACUCAAAUGUAUAUUAUGUCUGCAGAGCUAUUGGUAUUAAAAAAUGGGCUAUGUAGGACCAUGUAUGGCCCCCAUAUAAUGGUACCUCCCAAUUUUCGAUAUUUUAUUCUAUGUCUGUGCAGGUCCAAGUCUUAUAUAUUAAGUAGCCCCCAUAUAACGGUACUUCCCCCAUAUAACGGUACCUCCCGAUAUUCGGUAUUUUGAUGAUUUUAGCGAAUAUAUUCACCGGAAUUUAUUUAUUUAGUCAUAAUGGAUACUACAGCCUAAGACAGAAAAUUGUCUGUGCAGGUCCACGUCUUCGUAGAGCUCCCAUAUAACGGUACGCCCCGAUAUUCGGUAUUUUAAUGAUUUUAUGGACAUUUUCACCAGAAUUGUUUCAAAUUUGGCACUUGAAGUUCGUAAUGGAUACUACAGCCUAAGACAGAAAAUUAUCUGUGCAGGUCCAUGUCUUCGAAUUUUGAUGAUUUUAGCGAAUUUAUUCACCGGAAAUAUUUCAAAUAUGAUAUUUGAAUUUCAAAAUGGAUACUACAGCAUAUGACAGAAAGUUGUCCAUGCAGGUCCACACCUUCGUAUUGCCCCCAUAUAACGGCACCUCCCGAUAUUCGGUAUUUUGAUGAUUUUAGCGACAUAAUUUACCGGAAUUAUUUCAAAUUUUGUAUUUGAAGUUCGUAAUGGAUACUACAGCCUAAGACAGAAAAUUAUCUGUGCAGGUCCAUGUCUUCGAAUUUUGAUGAUUUUAGCGAAUUUAUUCACCGGAAAUAUUUCAAAUAUGAUAUUUGAAUUUCAAAAUGGAUACUACAGCAUAUGACAGAAAGUUGUCCAUGCAGGUCCACACCUUCGUAUUGCCCCCAUAUAACGGCACCUCCCGAUAUUCGGUAUUUUGAUGAUUUUAGCGACAUAAUUUACCGGAAUUAUUUCAAAUUUUGUAUUUGAAGUUCGUAAUGGAUACUACAGCCUAUGCCAGAGUUGCCUAUGCAGGUCCACGUCGUCGUAUAGACGCUAAUAUAUGGCUACCUUCGGUAUUUUUAAGAUUUUAACAGAAUUUUUAACGGAUUUUAUUUUGGAAAAUUGCCAAAUUUGUAUCAAAUGGUGGAGGACAUUCAAAUUUCGGCCCGGCCGAUUUUAUAGCUAUUUUACUUGCGUAAUUUCCAAAUAAAUUCCAAUUUUUCCGAACUUAAUGCUUUUUUACUUGUUUGGCAUUAUUUUUGUUGUAAGGAACAUUAAAUACGGAGACCUUGCUCCUUGAAGCUUAACCUUAAGGAUAAAGUAAUACUUCAUAAUCGUUCGCUCAUUGAUUUUAGUUCCUCGAACUACAUGCUACUGGCCUAGUUAAUGUGCACUUUUCAAUGAAUCUUUUGUGAACUGAGGGAAGUGAAUGACCUGCAUAGUAAAUAACUAUGUGAACUAAAGGAACUAUAUGAACGAAAGAGUUGAAUAUGGUUCCUAUCACAGAGUGGUUUUUUGAAAUAAUUCCUUUGGGAACUGCACUUUUUUAAGUUGGCAAUGUUUUUAGGCUUUCAAUUCUAAAGUUUUCCAUUUUUUUGCUAAAUUCCACUAAAUUCUAUGCAAGCUUAAAAUACACCCCUCUGAAACACUCCAGAUCCCACAAGGCAUUACGUUUUUAACAAUAAAUUAAAAGCUAUUUUUAAGUAUAAUUAAGAUUUAGUUUAAAAAGUCAAAUUAACAAAUUAUUAAUACGUUUUAUAUACAAAUACAAAUAACCUAAUAUGCAACUACA